CGUGCAUCGAUUUGGCUGUGAUUUCGGGCAUUUGUCCGCGACUUCUCAAAACCUGUCGACGAGUCAAAAUCAGAGCCAAAAUCGUGCCGUCUGAACUUGGCAUUAGGCUGCGAGACAGAAAUUCAGUUAAAAUUUUCACAGAUGACAUGAUGACAGCAUAUGUCUUGGCCUAACAAAAUAAGUUAUUUUAGCAUUGGUUAUUUUGGCAGUUAAUUACUCAGUUAAUUAGUUAUUCACGAGUUCGCAUUAAAUCCAUAGGGAAUGAGAUAAAGCAUAUUUUACGAACCCAGAGUACUCCCCCCUCUUUAACUGGGAUAUUGAACUAGCUGAGAGUGAGGUGAUGGGGUGGAGGAGGGAUGCUGCCAAAAACUGUCAUGAGACAGAGGUGAAGGAAGGCUAUUUAUAGGCACCCAUUUGCGCUGAGAACAGAAUGGUUUGUAACCCUAGCAAUGUUAUUAAAAAAACUUACAUUGUGUUAUAAACUCUUCUAUUAAUUGCUUCCUGUUUCCUCAUGUUAAUAUGAAGUGGUCUGUAGUUUGUGUAUCAGUUCUGUUAUAGUCAUUCAUGAACACAGACAUGAUGCUGCUCGUCCUCUCAAUCUUUACACUGUUUCUACAGAUUCAUCCACAGCAUUCAACACAAAAUUCCUUUACAACCACAACUGCAACAGAUACACAAAAUUCAACACAAAAUUCUUCUACAACCACAAAUGCAACGGAUACACGAACAUCUCUGACUGCAGAAUCCAGUUCAUAUUUAGGAAACACAACGGACAGUAUAGCUGACUGGGACUACGUUAUAGAAACCGCUACAACCUUAAACCCUCUCAAUGUUUUAUGGAGCAUCACAGAAGUUUUUAAUACUUCAACUCCUAAAACUGCUGUUCAUGGAGCACUAAUUCGGCUGAUGAUAGUAGUCACCAGUGGAGGUGUUUUCCUGAGCGGACUCAUGGGUGUUUGGUGCUGUUUUGUCAGCAAAAAAAGAUCAAAACUUGAAAGAACUGCAGGAGAUUCGUGUUCUUCUGGAUCUGAAGAAAUAUACUCUUUCAUCACUUAUGAACCAGACACAUCUCAACCCACAGGAUUUGAUGAUGUUUAUACAAUGGUGAUCUACAGCACAUCAACCUGGCAGUCUCAGAUCACCGAAGAUCUGAUAUUAAAAUCAUACACAGGAGAGAAGAAAUAUCAUCUUUAUUAGAGACUACUACACUCACCUAAAGGAUUAUUAGGAACACCAUACUAAUACUGUGUUUGACCCCCUUUCGCCUUCAGAACUGCCUUAAUUGUACAUGGUAUUGAUUCAACAAGGUGCUGAAAGCAUUCUUUAGAAAUGUUGGCCCAUAUUGAUAGGAUAGCAUCUUGUAGUUGAUUUGUGGGAUGCACAUCCAGGGCAUGAAGGUCCCGUUCCACCACAUCCCAAAGAUGCUCUAUUUGGUUGAGAUCUGGUGACUGUGGGGGCCAUUUUAGUACAUUGAACUCAUUGUCAUGUUCAAGAAACCAAUUUGAAAUGAUUCGAGCUUUGUGACAUGGUGCGUUAUCCUGCUGGAAGUAGUCAUCAGAGGAUGGGUACAUGGUGGUUAUAAAGGAUGGACAUGGUCAGAAACAAUGCUCAGGUAGGCCGUUGCAUUUAAAUGAUGCCCAAUUGGCACUAAGGGGCCUUAAGUGUUCCAAAAAAACAUCCCCCACACCAUUACACCAUUGCAUUAAUGAGAAAUUGAACAGGUGUUCCUAAUAAUCCUUUAGGUGAGUGUAUAUCCAUACUGUUCAAUUUUUGGCUUCAUUGAUACUGUAACGAUAAAACAAUGCUUUGCUUUUCACUGUUUGUCAUGCUUAAAAAUUGUCUCUCCAUCACAUUCAUUAUUUGUUUUGUUCCAUCAGCAUUAUGAUUUUCACAGCAGUAUAACAUUAAAGAUUUAAAAACUUUCCAUGAACAUUAUCAAAAAUAUCAGUGUGAGCUCUGUGAUGCAUUGUUUCCAGAUGUAGGUCAGAUGUAGCAUACAAAACUAGUGUGAUAAUACUCAAGACAUAUAUACUCUGAAUAUUACAGCAAUGAUUUAUACAGUUGAUUUUUUUUGUUAGAAUUAAAAUAGGCCUAAAUGUUUCUUAUACUAAAGACAGUAGGUAUACUUUGUAUGUAAUCCACAUUGUGUAAUGCACUGAUCUAUAUUUUCAUAUAAAUUAAGCUUUGAAUUCAAAUGUAUCCAGGGCUCGGAGAAAAUCGAUUUGUUACUUUCGUCCCGCGUUACUUUUGCCCCGGUUCUCCCCUAAACCCAGAAAAAAAUGAUAAUUUUACCUUUCACUUCUUAUUUGACAUUUUAAUAUUCUAUUGAAAUUAUUUUACUCAUUUUGAUUCUGCCAAAGACAGCAAACUAGGUCUCUCAGUAAUUACGGUAAAUCUAGUUUUACUUAUGGUAUUUUUCCACUGCAUAGUACACUUUUCCACUGUGUACAUGACCUAUCUUCUUGUUUUAGUACCACCUCAGUUGAGGUUCCAAGCGAGCCAUAAAGAUACUAAAAUUUGACGUAAAAACACAUGCAGAUCACAGAGAGAAUGUAUUGAAAACCAACGGGCCGCAAUACAAUCUUAAGGGGUGAUAGUUUUCAUCCUAGACCUCUAAUAAAUACCUCUAAAUAAUCUUAUUCUCUACAAUCAAGUCUAGAAUUUUUAUGAUAUUAUCCUACACUUCACAGGGAAUAAUAUGGAUUUUUUCCAGAAAACUUUUUGCAUAAAAUAGAUUCAAGCACUUUCAAUGACCUGUAUCUAUGUAUGUAUAUUUUCAAAAACUUCCUAGGGCCUUGAAUUUUUUCCCCCAGAUUCACAAA